AUGCAGGUGGAUGCAAUAUCUGGAGCAGCCUUAGGGGAUAGUCAUUUCCCAGCCCUACAAGACAGAUCUACGGUCAGAUGUACAAUUGCUUGCACUGAGGAUUGCAGCUCAAAAAAUGCAACUGCAGAACCAGCAACCAGUAGUAAUGGUGAUCUAUCAGUAAACUCUGCAAGUGGGAACAGAACCUCUGCAGGUGAAAGAGUGGUCGGGGCUGCAUCACUGUCUGAGACAAGAGGAUCCAGCCUGAUUUAUAACCUCACUGCAGAAUCCAUUGGUGUGGAUUCUGUCACCUUAAAAUGGAUGGUGGAUGACAGUGCUUCUGGCCCAUACACGUACAGGAUAGAGGUUAUAAAUGGUACAGAUGGUGCACCUGUGAAGAAUGUGACAUCCAGUGAAAGCAGAGUAGAAAUUACCGGGUUAAUCCCUGGGACACUGUACAACUUCACAGUAUUUGCUGUAACAGCUGAUAGUGUGACAGAAGGAGAGGGAAGUCCCAUACACCUGUAUACAAGGCCCAGCCCAGUUCAUGAUCUCAAGGCAGAAUCCAUUGGUGUGACUUCUGUCACCUUAAAAUGGGUGGUGAGUGACAGCGCUUCUGACACCUACACGUACAGGAUAGAGGUUGUAAAUGGUACAGAUGGUACACCUGUGAAGAGUGUGACAUCCAGUAAAACCAGAGCAGAAAUUAUGGGGUUAAUCCCUGGGACACCGUACAACUUCACAGUAUUUGCUGUAGCAGCUGAUCAUGUGACAGAAGGAGAGGGAAGUCCCAUACACCUGUAUACAAAGCUCAUCCUAGUUUAUGAUCUCAAGGCAGAAUCCAUUGGUGUGACUUCUGUCACCUUAAAAUGGGUGGUGAGUGACAGCGCUUCUGGCCCAUACACGUACAGGAUAGAGGUUGUAAAUGGUACAGAUGGUACACCUGUGAAGAGUGUGACAUCCAGUGAAACCAGAGCAGAAAUUACUGGGUUAAUCCCUGGGACACCGUACACCUUCACAGUAUUUGCUGUAACAGCUGAUAAUGUGACAGAAGGAGAGGGAAGUCCCAUACACCUGUAUACAAGGCCCAGCCCAGUUCUUGAUCUCAAGGCAGAAUCCAUUGGUGUGACUUCUGUCACCUUAAAAUGGGUGGUGAAUGACAGCGCUUCUGACACCUACACGUACAGGAUACAGGUUGUAAAUGGUACAGAUGGUACACCUGUGGAGAAUGUGACAUCCAGUGAAAACAGAGCAGAAAUUACGGGGUUAAUUCCUGGGACACUGUACAACUUCACAGUAUUUGCUGUAACAGCUGAUAAUGUGACAGAAGGAGAGGGAAGUCCCAUACACCUGUAUACAAGGCCCAGCCCAGUUCAUGAUCUCAAGGCAGAAUCCAUUGGUGUGACUUCUGUCACCUUAAAAUGGGUGGUGAAUGACAGCGCUUCUGACACCUACACGUACAGGAUAGAGGUUGUAAGUGGUACAGAUGAUACACCUGUGGAGAAUGUGACAUCCAGUAAAACCAGAGCAGAAAUUACGGGGUUAAUUCCUGGGACACCGUACAACUUCACAGUAUUUGCUGUAGCAGCUGAUCAUGUGACAGAAGGAGAGGGAAGUCCCAUACACCUGUAUACAAGGCCCAGCCCAGUUCUUGAUCUCGAGGUAGAAUCCAUUGGUGUGACUUCUGUCACCUUAAAAUGGGUGGUGAAUGACAGUGCUUCUGACUCCUACACGUACAGGAUACAGGUUGUAAAUGGUACAGAUGGUACACCUGUGAAGAAUGUGACAUCCAAUGGAAACAGAGCAGAAAUUACCGAUUUAAUCCCUGGGACACCGUACAACUUCACAGUAUUUGCUGUAGCAGCUGAUAAUGUGACAGAAGGAAAAGGAGUGUCCAAAGACCUGUAUACAAGGCCCAGCCCAGUUCACGAUCUCAAGGCAGAAUCCAUUGGUGUGACUUCUGUCACCUUAAAAUGGGUGGUGAAUGACAGUGCUUCUGACACCUACACGUACAGGAUACAGGUUGUAAAUGGUACAGAUGAUACACCUGUGAAGAAUGUGACAUCCAGUGAAACCAGAGCAGAAAUUACGGGGUUAAUCCCUGGGACACCGUACAACUUCACAGUAUUUGCUGUAGCAGCUGAUCAUGUGACAGAAGGAGAAAGAGUAUCCUUAUUCCUAUAUACAAGGCCCAGCCCAGUUCUUGAUCUCAAGGCAGAAUCCAUUGGUGUGACUUCUGUCACCUUAAAAUGGGUGGUGAAUGACAGCGCUUCUGACACCUACACGUACAGGAUACAGGUUGUAAGUGGUACAUUUGUGAAGAAUGUGACAUCCAAUGAAACCAGAGCAGAAAUUACGGGGUUAAUCCCUGGGACACCGUACAACUUCACAGUAUUUGCUGUAGCAGCUGAUCAUGAGACAGAAGGAGAAGGAGUAUCCAUAUUCCUGUAUACAUUUACUGUCUCAGUGGAUUCCCUUCAGUGUGAGCCAGUGGCCAAGGAGCCUUUCCUAAUGCUGAAGUGGAAAUGUCCUUUUGGUAACAACUCUGGCUUCAGAAUCAAAAUAUAUAAUAUAAGUACUUCUGCAGUAGUGACAGACGAAUCGGCUCCACACUGCACGGUAGAAGGCUUGGAGCAAACCUUCCAAACAGCACGUUUACAUUUUUUCAGCACAUAUAAUGUUACUAUUAUAACUCUUUCAAAUGGCCCUGAAAGCUCUCCAGUGGACAAGUUGUGUCACACCAGCAUUACUGACCCACCUCCCCCAACCGAAGUUCCUUCAGUCAAGGUCAUCAGUCACAGCUCGUUGUCUGUUGAAUUCUCUGAUUUUGAUUCACUGAAUGGUCCAUUGGAAGCCUAUGCAAUAAUGAUUACAACAGAAGAUCAAAGUUCUGAGUCUUUGAAGUCUAAAUUGAACAACACAUACAAAGAUUUCAAGAAGAAGAAAACAACUGCCUAUGUUACGUAUGUCAUAAAAACAGAGCAGGCAGAAUCACAUCCUUCCCGUUCUCAGAGUGAUAAAAAGGUCAUUAAUGUAGGCAAGGGAAACACAAUGUAUGGCUAUGAAAACGGACCACUGAUCCCUCUUCGUUCAUACAGGGCAUGUGUUGCAGGUUUCACUAAUAUAACCUUUAUGGAUGAUGUGAUUGAGGGGGAAGAUAGUUACGUAUCAUUUUCACCCUGUUCUGAACCAGUCUUACUGCCCCAGGAUCCAGGUGUUAUUGCUGGAGUGGUUAUUGGAUGCCUCUUGGCUAUCUUGGCUGUAGUCGCUGUCGGGGGAUUCAUAUUCUGGAGAAGGAGAAGGAAAGACAAAAGAAAUACUGAAGUGUCUUUUUCUCCAAUUAAAAUCAAGAAAUCAAAAAUGAUUAAAGUGGAGAACUUUGAGUCAUACUUUAAGAAGCAGCAAGCUGACUCCAACUGUGGUUUUGCUGAAGAGUAUGAGGAACUUAAGUCUGCUGGUGUUCAUCAGCCCAAAUUUGCUGCUGAACUUCCUGAGAACAGGGGGAAAAAUAGAUACAACAACGUCUUGCCAUAUGAUAUUUCUCGUGUUAAACUUACAAAUCAAAGCUCUGGAACUGACUAUAUUAAUGCAAACUAUAUGCCUGGCUAUAACUCAAAGAAGGCAUUUAUUGCUGCACAGGGUCCAUUACCCAAUACAAUAGAAGACUUCUGGCAGAUGAUUUGGGAAAAGAGUAUUUAUUCUAUUGUUAUGUUGACAAAAUGUGUGGAACAAGCCCGGACAAAAUGUGAGCAGUACUGGCCAGACAAACAACCCAAGAGCUACGGUGACAUUAUUGUGACAAUGGUCUCAGAAGUUGUCCUUCCAGAAUGGACAAUAAGGGACUUCACUGUAGAAAAGUCCAACACCCCUGAGAGCCACACAGUGCGCCAGUUCCAUUUCACCUCCUGGCCGGAUCACGGCGUGCCGGAGACCACAGAUCUUCUCAUCAACUUCAGGCACCUUGUCCAUGAGUACAACAGCCAGAAUCCAGUGGACUCUCCUACUCUGGUGCACUGCAGCGCUGGCGUCGGGAGGACGGGGACGUUCAUCGCCAUCGACCGCCUGAUCCAGCAGAUGGAGAUGGAGAACACCGUGGAUGUGUACGGAGUGGUGUACGACCUCCGCAUGCACCGACCCCUCAUGGUGCAGACUGAGGACCAGUACGUCUUCCUAAACCAGUGUGUCAUGGAUAUCAUUAAAUCCCAGAGGGAGAGGAAAACGGACCUUAUCUACCAAAACGUGACAGCAAUGGCAAUCUAUGAAAACUUCACACCUGGGCCAGCCUUUGGGAAGGCCAAUGGCUACCACGCAUAGUCCAGAAGGAACCCAGUGCCUCCAUCCAGGAGGUGUUACUUGCCUAUAGGAGAGGGAGGUGUCCGACUCAUGUUUUCUGGGGUUGUGUGCAGUGUCUCAUGUCUGGCUUCUCCAGUUCUGUCUGCAUUCAAAGGUGUGAUCUACAGGAGGAAAAAGACAACGCUGGCAGGAGCUGCAGACUCGUGUUAAAAAAACCCAAACAACAAAACCCAAGCAAAACUUUUUAAAGUUAACAGAGGAAUCUUGUUUUUUUCUUGGGAAUUUAACAGUACUGAUAGGUGAAAUAGCAUUUGCAGUAUGAACAGUGAACUAGAGUUUAAAUAUUAAAAUAAUAACACAAGCUUUUUAUUACAAUUUUAUAUGAUUUCAUUUACAGACACCAGGCUGGUGGGUUGUUUUAAUAUAUUUAAUUAUAAGUUUCAGGAACAUAUUUUAUCUACUGUAUCUGGUUACUUAGUUAAUAGAUAUGUGCCUCUGUGAUCUAUUUUUUUUCUGUGUUCCUUUUUAUUUAAAAAAGGAGUACAAAUGGCUCCUUCAAAUGGACAUUCAUACUUGGAAAUUGUGCCUUUUCUAGUUGCUACUCUAGGAAAAAAAAACAGCAGAGAUUCUAUUUUUGUACUGAAACUCUUAAUGAGAACGCAGAUUUUUAAAUAAGGCUUAUGUCAAACUUAACUGUAGUUGCACUGUUGGCAGGACUCUCCAGAAGUUUGGAGGUGAGCUUUGUUUUUGCAUUUCACCACAAAUAUCCCCUGCCUUAAUGUUUUGGUGCCUCUGCCAGAGGAAAAGGAGUGUGGUCUGUCACUCCGAGCUUUAACUGUAGAUAAAAACAGAGCAAGUGAAUCUGUGAAUGUGUGUGCGGGGGGUGUGUGGGCGUGUGGAUGAAGGACAGAAUAGCUCCUCCCUGUUCCUGCCUGAUAUUCCUGUUUUUAUACAAUUUAUAAUGAUUUAUUUAAAGGUGCAAUAUAUGAUUUACUGAAUAAUGCUCACUCUAAUAGAGUUUUUCUCAGGUUGGUGUCUUUUUAUCAUUGUUUUUGUUUUUCCUCAAAUAUAUAAAUCUGUGAAAAUGCUGAAACUAAGGUUCCAAGUGUUCAAGCACUCCCAAAUGGAUCGACUGGCUUUACUGUUUCUACCAAAAGACAUUGCACAAAAUUCUGCUGUAAAGACAAAUUUCUCGGUUGUUUUAGCCAUUCAAAACUGAGACACAUCUUACCUGCCUGCAUCUCACUGAUCCAGUGUAAUUGUUUUGUAAUUAUUUUAAUAUACUGCUGCUUUUGUUUUGACUGGUCCUUUUAGAAACUGAAGGAACAAGCAGAAAUUCCCCGUUUGCUGAUUUCACAAGUCAAGGAUCAGAUUGGAAGUAUUUUGCUGGUACAUAACUGUUAGACUUAGGAAGGCAUUAGCAAUGAAGGACUUAGGUAGUGUGGGGUGGGGAGAAGGUAUUUUUUUUGGUCUUUGGAUUGUUGCACUGGUUGCAUUGUAGAUGAAUAUGAAGUUUAUGAAUAAUGCUAUAGAAUAGCUAUAAAGCAGGGAAAAAAAUCUUAUGAAGGUUUAAUAACCAGAGUCCCUGAAAUUCUGCUGCUUUUUUGUUGUCGUUGUUUUGGGGGUUUUUCUUUGUUUUAGUAGAGUUGUCAGAAAAAGCUGCAGAUGCUAGAAGUAUAUGUGGCUUUACAGUGGAACCUGGCAACCUCACAGGAUCCAAUAUCUGAAGGAGAACAUAGGAAUUCCUGGUGCACAACUGUAACUUUACAAAUAUCCUGAGGAAUUUUUUACAACCUGGUGUGAAACUGUGGUGUGCUGUGUGAGCAAAACUGGAGGACAAACCACAGCGCACCUUUGGUUGUUAGGUUUUGUUGUUGGUUUGGUUUUUUGUUGUU